CACAACACUUUGACACAUGUACUUCUUCCUUAUUUCAGACAGAUAAGGGGAGCGAAAAAAAGUGUCAAGCCUACUCCUGUGAAGACAAAACACUGAGAAUUCAACAAGGGUCAUACAAGAACAACAGAUUUACAAGUACUGAGAAAGAAGUAUCCAAACAUAACGCUGAAAGUAACUGCGUCGUGACUGCUGCCAACCACAAAUGACACGUUCAUUCAUGCACACAUCCUUCGUUGGUAGUUUGCUACUCUCUUUCACAGCAAACGCUUUGAAGGAAACGAAGUGUACAGCAAUGGAGAAUAGUAAACUGACAUUUACAUUCCCAGUAAAUAUUAACUCAACGCAAACUGAUUUUUCAAUCUAUUUUUACCCUGACAGCGGUGGAGAAGAGAAGCUGAUUGACUGUGCAUGGAUAGACCAUCAGCUUUACUGCAUCGGACAGGAAGGCUUUGAGUGCCAGCAGCCUGUGUCUGACAUUGUUGUCAUCACUGUACCACUCAGAUUUGUCAACAAAAAGGGAAGUUACGGAUGCAGCACUAACGGCUUUCUGCCUAAUGCCAUCACCUGUCGUUUUUCGGGAAGGCAAGAUAAUGCAACUUGUGAGGCAAUUAAGCCUAGAGACGGAGCUGAAGUAAUUUUCAACUGCAGAUUUUCGUUCAACGUGGACAGCUUUAGUAUAGAGAAAAACAAGAGUGUCUUGGCCAGCAUCACCAAAUCAGAAUGUCAAAGCUCCAGUGUGUGUCAGUAUGACACUGUGGGAGGUGAUGACAUGUUUCAUGUGACUCUCACAGUGAAAGACGAUCCAGGUGGAGAGUAUGUGUGUCGGCCAAACACUUUUGUCCCGCAACUCCAAGCCCAAGUGUGCAGCUUGACUGUGGUCAAAGAUACAGAAAGUUCGUCUGUGUCGGUGGUUCCUGUGGUGUUGCCAGUUGUUGGUGUGCUGGCUUUGGCUUUGGUUUUGACACUUGGAUUUGUUAUUGUUAAAAAACGAAGGUCUGCAGUUCAUAUGAAAAGGGAGGACGUGGAAGAAUCCAAGAAACUUAAUUCUCAGUUAAUAUCUUAUGAUAGAUAUUGUGACACCGAACAGAAGAUAUUACCAAAAGCCGAUGAAACCACUUGUGUGGUGGAAAGCAACUACCCUAAAGCAGAAGUAGUUGUUGAUUCUUUGCCCAGUUGUUAACAGCAGAAAUGUUUAGAUAACAACUUGGACUUACAUCAGCAAAGAAUACUUGCCCCAGUUGUUAACAGCAGAAAUGUUUAGAUAACAACUCGGACUUACACAGCAAUGUGGUCUGCUUUUUAAACCAUUUUUUUGUUUGUUUUAUUUUAUGGCGUAAUAAAAUGUUACAAUGAUCACUAACUGUGAAUUUAAGAUAACUAUUUUUUAAUUACUGUAAUUACGGUAUCGAUCAUUUGUCAAUUGGCAUUGAUCAUGGAACAUGAGUACAGCUAAUUCAGGGCUUCUGCUAAGGCUAAAUUCUUUGGGGUCCCAGGGACUCCUUAAAAAUCUGAAGAAGGGGUCCCUGUUCUUCGCCCAGAUUUGAAGGGGACCCCAUUGACAAAAAUUGAAGGAGUCCUCCGAACUUUUAAUGAGUACUGUACGCAUUUUUUGCGUAAGCAGAAGCCCUGGCUAAUUAACAUGAGUUCCUGUUGUAACUUCUAAUGAAGCGAUUUUAGAAAAUAUACCGUAGAUUCAAACACCUUAAAAUUUGUAUCUCUUACAUCCUAUAUUUUAUUUUUAAGUAAUUUAUAUAUAUAUAUAUGAACAUUUUGUUUAGACUAAGAAUGGAUAUCAGGAAUGUUGGUUCGUUUAAUCUAAUUAAUAUUCCUUAUGAAAAGCUUUGAUUUAAAUGAAGUAGUAUCUAAUAUACUAUUCGUUUUAUUUAUUUGUUCUUACCCAACGAAUUUAAUACAUAUAUUUGAUAUGAUGUCAUCUUUUAUGGCUUUUCCUUAUAUAUAUAUCAAAAUAUUUUGAUUACUUUUUCCAUCUUGUUUCCAAUUAACUGGAAAAGAAGUCACAUGUGUGGUUAUCUUCAAGACCAAUGUAUUUUUUGAAAUGAAUCAAUGUUUCUUUAGAUAUAGUUAUACCUGAAAGUUUCUUAAAUGUUUUUGGCUGAUGUACUUAUGUACUGAUGUACUAUAAAUUGAGUUUAAAAAGACACACAAUUCGUUAAUAACUCAGUUAUGUGUUAUAAAGGAGAUGACACAACAUGUUUCUACUUCAGUGGUUUCUACUUCAAGACCCUCUAACUAAUUAUGCUUCUCUUUUAAAUGGCAUGUACGGUAUCUCAAUAUUAUAAGACGAAAUUUGGUGCAAUUAUUCGUGCUGUUGACACAAAAUCGUACUAUUGGCAAUGCCCUAUCUUAAAUAUGACACUGUCUUUAUUUUAGAAGAUGUAUAAUAAUGACGUAACUAAGCAUCUCUAUUUCAAAGUCUAAACAAUAUUUUUUGUUUACUUAUGAGUACUCCAUUCUUAGUUUUAUCUGCCCACGUCUGAAAAUAAAAGCAACAUUUAUAUAU